GAAUUCAUACUCUCAUGCGAUUGGUGCGAGGACGCUUAUUUGUUCUUUUUCCCUUGUCUAUCCUUUUUUUCUCAUUGUUCUCUUUUUUUCGCCCUUGUCUGCGCCGCACAUUAAUGCUUUUGAAAUACCGUUAUCUGCUGCUUUCAUCUCUAUGGAUCUGGGUAUCGGAGAACAUGACCCCAUACCACCUGUCUAAAUCUCAUCGGACAUUUUGUAUCUAUGCUUCGUCGACGUCUAAGCCCCGGUAUAAAGUAAACAUGAGAAUUGAAAAUGCCAUCAUUGCAGUCAAUUGUCGUUUGAAGUUACCGACCGAGGAUCCUCCGAGUCUAGGUGGAAAGGUUUCGAUCGUGUUUCAUUUUCUUGCUUGUAGUUAGUGAGUUACUUAUCAUGAUCUACGGUGUAUAAGGAGGUGCUAGGUACCCAAGUUGCCGGUUUGCCAAGGAGUGAUCUUGACUCUGGCUCGUAAACAUCGGCACUAGGGCCUCUUGGCGAUUGUUUA